CGCCUUUCCAGUCGCUAACUCCCGACUGAGCGAGCUGCAGUGAGCGAUCAGUGGGACCUGCUGGGUCCCCACACACACUCGCGCGCAGGCAGACACACACGCGCGCGAAAACCAGCACAAGGUGUCGGAUGCGGAGCUGCCGUGCCGGCGGAGACCUGCGCUUUCCUCGGGUUGCGUGGCCCCGGCCUGCCCACCCGGCACCCGGGGGCACAUUCCUUGUUCACAGCAGCUUGUGGAAGCAGCAGAGAUCACACAUACACACACAGAGCGCUAGCAGAGCACUGCUGGUGCCUGGAUGGUAGCUGUGGCAGGCACAGACGCCGUGGCAUGCAGAUCCGAGUAGGAGCCAGCGAGGAUUAACAAGGGGCCGACAGCAUCUUCAGCAUGAGUAUCGUAAUGAAGCCACGGUCCCGCUCCACAAGCUCCUUGCGGAACAUGGAAGGGAUCUGCUUCGACGUGGACAAUGGUACGUCCUCGGGCCGCAGCCCCCUGGACCCCAUGGCCAGUCCGGGCUCCGGGCUCAUCCUCCAGGCGAACUUUGUGCACAGCCAGCGGCGGGAAUCUUUCCUGUACCGCUCCGACAGUGACUACGAGCUGUCACCCAAGUCCAUGUCCAGGAACUCCUCCAUUGCCAGUGACAUACAUGGAGACGACAUGAUUGUAACACCAUUUGCACAGGUGCUGGCUAGUCUAAGGACGGUGCGCAAUAAUUUUGCUGCAUUAACCAACUUGCAGCAAGACAGAGCCUCCAGCAAGCGAUCACCCAUGUGUAACCAGCCCCCCAUCACCAAGACCACCUUCACAGAGGAGGCCUACCAGAAGCUGGCCACAGAGACACUGGAAGAGCUCGACUGGUGUCUGGACCAGCUGGAAACGCUGCAGACCAGGCACUCAGUCAGCGAGAUGGCUUCCAACAAGUUCAAGAGGAUGCUGAACCGAGAGCUAACUCACCUGUCGGAAAUGAGCCGAUCGGGAAACCAGGUGUCUGAAUUCAUAUCCAACACAUUUUUAGACAAACAGCAUGAGGUGGAGAUGCCCUCUCCGCAGACGCAGAAGGACAAGGAAAAAAAGAAGAGGCCAAUGUCUCAGAUCAGCGGGGUGAAGAAGCUGAUGCACAGCUCCAGCCUGACCAACUCCAACAUCCCACGCUUUGGUGUGAAGACAGAGGCCGAGGACUCGCUGGCCAAGGAACUAGAAGAUGUGAACAAAUGGGGCCUUAAUGUUUUCAAAGUCAGCGAGUUCUCCGGGAACAGGCCUUUAACAGUUUUAAUGUACACAAUCUUCCAGGAAAGGGACUUAUUAAAAACAUUUAAAAUUCCAUUAGAUACCUUUAUAACCUACUUGAUGACCUUAGAAGAUCAUUACCAUGGAGACGUUGCAUAUCACAACAAUAUUCACGCUGCUGACGUCACGCAGUCCACCCAUGUGCUGCUAUCCACCCCUGCUUUAGAGGCUGUGUUUACCGACCUAGAGAUCCUAGCUGCCAUUUUUGCCAGUGCUAUUCAUGAUGUGGACCACCCAGGGGUCUCCAACCAGUUCCUCAUCAACACCAACUCUGAGCUGGCUCUCAUGUACAAUGACUCGUCCGUGUUGGAGAACCAUCACCUGGCGGUGGGCUUCAAGCUGCUUCAGGAGGAGAACUGUGACAUCUUCCAGAACCUGACCAAAAAGCAGAGACAAUUAUUGCGCAAGAUGGUCAUAGACAUUGUCCUUGCCACUGACAUGUCAAAACACAUGAACCUCCUGGCUGACCUUAAGACUAUGGUGGAGACGAAGAAGGUGACCAGUUCUGGGGUCCUGCUCCUAGACAACUAUUCAGACAGGAUUCAGGUUCUGCAAAAUAUGGUCCACUGCGCUGACUUGAGCAACCCUACCAAGCCCCUGCAGCUGUACCGGCAGUGGACGGACCGCAUCAUGGAGGAGUUUUUCAGCCAAGGUGACCGCGAGCGGGAGCGGGGCAUGGAGAUUAGCCCCAUGUGCGACAAGCACACAGCGUCCGUGGAGAAAUCCCAGGUGGGCUUCAUAGACUACAUAGUGCAUCCGCUGUGGGAAACAUGGGCAGACUUGGUGCACCCCGACGCACAGGACAUCCUGGAUGCGCUCGAGGACAACCGUGAGUGGUACCAGAGCACCAUCCCACAGAGCCCCUCGCCUGCCCCUGACGAACCCCUGGAGGGACGUCCAGGAGGGGCUGACAAGUUCCAGUUCGAGUUGACGCUAGAGGAGGACGGCGAGUCAGACACGGAGAAAGACAGUGGCAGCCAGGCUGAGGAGGAUGAGGAAGAUGAAGAGGAGGAGGAGGAAGACAAUAGUUGCAGCGACUCUAAGACGCUUUGCACUCAGGACUCAGAGUCCACUGAGGUCCCCUUGGAUGAACAGGUGGGGGACGAGGAGGAGGUGGAGGAAGGAGCCUCCUCUGAGCCUUGCGUUGUGGAGGAGGAGAAGGAACAAGAGGAAGAGGGAAAGCCCGAGGACACAUAACAGUGCCGAUUGAUGGCAUCUGGAACUUUAAUAUUUAAUAACAAAUAGAUAAUAUUUAUAAUUAUAGACUUUCUUUUUUGUUCAAUUUCUUUGUUUUGGUUUUUUUUUUCCAUAAGAGUUCCAAAGCGCACGUUGCACUCCACAACCCUGACCAUACCUCACCUCCAUUUGCUCAUGUCAGCUUGCUGGUACUGCUACAAAUUUGCACUCAGGACUAUCUCCUCAGUUCCUUUGGGUUGUAGGUCUGUCAGUUCUUUGUUUCUUUGCUCUGGAUGGCUAAAUGGCAUCUGAAUGGCUUUUUUUUCCCUCCACACCCCGAAAUUUCCUUCACAAACAAUCUGGAUAAAAUUCUUGGAUUUGGAUUACAACACAUCUGAGAAGGAUGGAUGGAAAAUGCUUUUCUGAGGGGAUAUGGGAUGGGGCGGAGGCAGGGUGAUGUUGCUCUUGAGUCUGAGCAGAACACUAGUCUUUAACUGUGGUCAGAGUGGCAUCUUCCAAAGACACUGUGAAGGAGUCUCUGACAGACAGGGUGGGGGGGGUUACGUCUUCCUUGAAACACGACUGAGAAGGCCGAAAUCCGUUACAGUGGCGAAGAUAUUCUGUGCUCUUGAGUUUUUGUGUAAUAUGUGCAUUUGUUAUUUUUUGUAGAUUUUAAUUUUAUUACAAAAUACAUAUUAGACUUGGAAGAACAUUACAGUAUAUGCUUCAUCUACCAUUGCUCUUUCCGUUCUGAGACGAGUAACUUGCAAGUGUGCUCUAUGACUUUCUGGGAGGAGUUUGCACUGUGUGGACCUUAAUCGCUCCUAGGCAAAGCUCAUAACUCACAAUGUUCAGCAUUUUCAUAAUACAUAUAAUAAUCUGAUUUGUCUUUAGCCAUUGUUUUUGGGCGAAAGUAAUGCAUUCUCAAGCUAACAUCAAGCCGCUUCAAUCACCUGUUUAAUUUCCUCUGGUGUUGGCCUUAGACUUUGAAGACUUAAAGUUUAAAUAAGUCACUGUUGCCUACACUAUAUGUGAGCACAUUUUAUUUAUUUUUAAAGAUGCCAUGCCAACAUUACAGAUUUUUUUUUUUUUUUUGGUAUGUCAUCAGUUUCUCUUCAUACCAUGAU